CGCGGUGGGCGGGGUUAACAACAGCAGAGACAGGAUUCAUUACAAAUACACCAGCUGCUCUCUUCUGUGGCAGUUAUUUUUACCAAUUCAGGCUAAGGCUUGUUUCCACCAACAAUGCCGGCUACGUUUUAAUAAUACUUUGGUGGGGAGAGUUGACACUAUUGCUCAAAUUUAAAAGUCUAGGCAACUUUUUACCCUCAAUGGGCUGAAGAAUGUGGAGUCAGUUUCGGAGGGAAAUAACGGUACAGGACGUUAGCUGAAUGUUAGCUUCACAGCAACAGACUGGGGCUCGGACGUGUGGGUGGCCACCGAGUUUUACGGCCGCGGGGAUUUUUUCUGGUUCGGGUUGCUGGUCGGCCUCAUGGUCCUGUCCUCGGUCGUGGUCCAGAUGUUCAGCUGGUUCUGGUUCAAGUACGACCGAGAGCUGCCGGGGUUCGGCGCUCAGACCGGAGCGGGAGCCGUGCUCUUUGGGGACCAAGUGAAGCUCUCCUGCGUGUUACAUGUGCUGCAGCUGGGCUUCCUCUGCAGGCACAUCUCCGCCAUCCGCCAAGGCUUCAAGGUUUGGUGGCGGAAAGAGGAAGGGUCAGAGUACGCCAUUUACCUGACACAUGACCUCAGCAUGCUCAGACUUAUCGAGACGUUCUGUGAGAGCGCUCCUCAGCUGACCCUGAUGAUCUAUGUCAUGCUGCACACCAACAAGGCCAGGACCGUUCAGUUUGUGAGUAUUGCCGCAUCAACCACCUCCAUAGCCUGGAUGGUGGUUGAUUACCACCGCUCCCUGCGCUCCUUCCUCCCAGACAAAGCCAAGCAGGGCUGGGGCUCCUCCUUUAUCUACUUCCUGUGGAAUCUGCUGCUGAUCGCCCCGCGUGUUGCAGCCCUCGCCUUGUUUGCCUCUGUCCUGCCCAGGCAUGCAGGCGUCCUGGAGAUGUCUCUACGCACCUUCUUCACAAAGUGCCACGACCCCGAGGGUUUCGCAGUGUUCCUGAGCCACGACCUCAGCCUGCUGCGGCUCGUGGAGACGUUUUCCGAGAGCACCCCGCAACUCGUCCUCAUGCUCACCAUCAUUCUGCAGCGGCACCAGUUGGACCCGGUGACAGUGUCGAAGGCCGUCGGUUCAUUCUCAGCCGUCGCCUUCAGUGUGACCACGUACCACCGCUCCCUACGCUCCUUCCUGCCCGACAAGGAAAACCAGCAGAUCACCUCAUCGGUGGUCUACUUUUUCUCGUACCUGUUUCUCAUCUCGUCCCGCGUCACUGCCCUCGCCCUCUUUGCCUCUGUUCUGCCCUGCUUCAUCUUCACCCACUUUUUUUGCUCUUGGCUGGUUUUAGUCUUCUUCGCCUGGCGGUCCAAGGGCGACUUCAUGGAGAGCCCUGGUGGAGAAUGGCUCUACCGAGCCACUGUAGGCCUCAUUUGGUAUUUUGCAUGGUUUAAUGUGGUCAAGGGGAGGACGAGGUACAAGCUUCUGCUCUACCAUUUGUACAUGCUGGCUGAUAUUUCCAUUGUCUGCGGCUAUUGGUGCUGGAAGAUGUGCACAGAACCGUCUUAUUUUGAAAUCCCACACUUGUAUGCUAUAAUCGCUUCGGUCAGUAUUGUUGCUGUUUACAUCCUCGGUCUCUUAUUUAAAAUAAUGUAUUAUAAGUUCUGCCAUCCAAACCUUGGCAAAAAUCAGUUGAAAGAGGUCAAGACCAAUAUGUCCCAAACUGGAGUGGGACUAACUACCAGUAAAUCGGUUUCUGGAGAUGAGGUGGACUUGGCUGUGAUCAUGAGCGGGGUCUCAGAAGCUACAUACGACUUUGUUCCUCAGAUUAAUAUCCUGAGGGAGCAAAGCGACACAGAUGUCACGGAUGGCAGCUGGCCAAGCCCACCUGCACCCGGCAUUCAACGCUGCAACAAAAGAAUGAGGAAGUUAGCCGAGAACUUCUACUCCUGACCUGCAUCACUUGACGUCCACAGGACAAGUUUAGAAAGAGACUGAGUCAUGCCGACAUCUGUCAACGUGCCUACUUAAACAAGAUCAUGAGGCUGUGCGGGAUUGAGGAAUAUCAUCUGCUCUCUAACCACCGUACAAUCUCGUUAGACGGGUCGAGAGUCGAGAUAGCUUUAUUCUAUACUUCUUGCAAUGUAUUAACUGGUGCUAUCUACGCAAGCAUGUGAAACUCCCAAUCUUUAUUUAAUCUGUUGUCUGUGUAAAGGAUAGGUUCACAAUUUUUUUUUAAUCUGCCUUAAAACAAUACUCAUAGGCCCACAUGUACAUUAUUUUACUUAUUUAAUUUUACUAUUUAUUUUUGUUAAUUACUCCUCCUGCUCAUCAAGAGUUUAAGGCACUGUAAGAAAGUUAUUGUUGUGGGGAGGGUGGCUGAACUUUAUGGUUUAAAUUAUUAUUAUUAUUAUUAUUUUUUUUAAAGCAAGACCCUCCCAAGCUUAGUUAAAAUUUCCAAGUGACCCUCCCUUUGACUUAGCAAAUCUGCAACACCAAUGUCUCAAAAUAACAGAACAGCAUUGAAUCGAUGAAACUUUAACCAUGAAAACGUAAGAUAACCAAAGAAUUUAAAAUGUUGUACCAUUUUAAAUCGACUUAGUAUGUUGAUGGAGCAAUAAUUUUCACAAUGUCCAACAAAUUGCACACUAGAAAAUAUGGCAAACAAUAGAUAUCCUGCCACUGUAUCUGUGAACUAAGCGCUACCAGCCGAACAUUUACACCAUGAAACUGUCAGUGACUUAAUCCCCUUUCAGACAUGUACGUUAACCUGAUACGUUACAAUAUGACCGCAACCUAACGUGUCGACAAUUUAACAGCCUCGAGUUACUUUUACAGUCACGGCGGCGACCUUAUCAGGUCAGACCGUGUAACAUUUCCGUAUCGAGUCUGAACUGAGUGAGGCAGAUUUACGCGAGGACCACGGCCGCACAAGAUUAAACUUUUAGAGAAAGAGAGGAGCGCAGGUGCUAGUCAGCCAUCUAAGGUCGCUGUAAUACAUGCUUCAUCUCAAUCUGCAUCUCUUAUGCACAAAGAAAAUAAAAUGUGUUGAAUUAACUAUAAACCACACUGAAAGAUCUGUUUUCCCUUGGGGCGCAACCGGGUCAAAAGAGGUUAAAAAAAACAAAAAACAACCCUUGUACAACCACAGUAAUAAUCUGAGGAGGACUCUCUCUCUAUAUGUUCAAUCUAUUCGUGGCAUCGCCAUGAUUAACGUACAGCGAAAUGCUUUACAUACAGCACGUAAGGGAUUCAAUCAGUCCAAACUUAACGUCUUUCCAUCCCAUGCUUCUGCACUGUCGGAUAUUAUAGUCUCUAAUAAGGUUAAAUGACGAAACAGAAGAGAAAAUGUGUGAACGGAUUCACUUUGAGAAGCGGGGGAUGAGCGUCACCCGAGUUCACGAUACCCAUGAAGGGUUCAAGGACAAAAUAAGGUCCAAGAUCCAUCGGCGAUGCAGCCUGUGAACCAACACACACAAACGAAAGGCUUCCUCCCCCUUAUCACAGCGUUUUUAACUCGCAACUGAAUGACGAAAAGCUUUUACUUAGACAGAUGAAGCCAGCAAUGUUACGCAGUCUGAGUCUGAAAAGAGCUUUAAUGCACCAGGCACCGGGGAAUUUAAGGCAGAUUAGGGGACGGAAGGAAUAAGAUAUCUUUUUUAAAUUUUUGCCCCCCUUUCUCCUACCUUAAUACUUUUGUACAAGUCUCUAACCAAAACUGAGGCCUCAGCAAUCACGGGUAGUCAAAUGAGGAUCUUCAGUAGUUACAGUAUUUUUAGUACUAAAUCUUUGUUCUGCCCUGUGGCUCGGCAAAGACACACUGUCCAGGUAAACGCAAUUUCCAGUGGGAAACUUGAUGGGACUUCAGAUAAACUCAACAAUUCAUUUUUGCAUUCGUACAUUUCAGUAGCAUUGGGACGGGAUCUCUUAGGCCUGUUUGGACAGGGAGGGGAACAAUUACAGCAACUUUUUCAAUGUACAUAUUGACAAGUGAGUACUGUAUCAGAUAAACCUAUCCUUUAACCGCUGCUGCUGUUCAUGAUUCCUCCAGUAUGGCAACAUUCCUGAUUUAUUGGAAGAUCUUAUCCAUACUAGAUAUGUUUAUCUCAAUCUUGUCUUAUUGUAUUUUUUUUAAACCUUUUACAGUAAUAAAUA